GUGACUUCCAACUUAAUCUUCCUCAGUGGCAUAAAUGACAAGUUCAUGUGCUGAUUGUCGGAGUCUUGUUUUCGUUCAUUUUCCUCUAAAUAUUUCGGUUAAGCCGACAAAUAAUGGGCAAGAAAGAAGAUCAAUCAGAUCAACAACCAUCACAAGAGAAGAGUAAACCAGUUUUAAAGCUAUAUAACAGUUUGACGCGACGUAAAGAAAAGUUUGUCCCUCAAAAUGGUAAUGAAGUGCGUUGGUACAGUUGCGGGCCAACUGUUUAUGAUGCUUCACAUAUGGGUCAUGCUAGAUGUUAUAUUUCUUUUGACAUCUUGAGAAGAGUUCUAUCAGAUUAUUUCGGUUACGAUGUUACAUAUGUCAUGAACAUCACCGACAUUGAUGACAAAAUAAUCAAGAGAGCUCGUCAAAAUUAUUUAUAUGAAAAAUACCUAGCUUCUAAUUAUGACCUUGAUGUCAUUCUUGAAGAUACGAAAAAGGUGAUGCAAUCUCUAGCAGCUGAUAUCGAAGGACUAACUGAUAUUGAUAAAAAGACAAUGUUAAGUAAAAUGUUGAUGAGUAUAAAAUAUUCUAUUGAAAAUCUUGAAACAGCUGUCAAAAGUAACAACAAAGACAGUAUUAAAAUGCAUCAGGAUAAUUUAUUAAUGGUUUCACGUGAUGCUCUGGCAGACUGGCUUGAUCAAAGACAAGGAGAAACAGUGACUGAUAAUGAAAUAUUUCAAAAAUUAUCACAACAUUGGGAAAUUGAAUUCCACAAAGAUAUGGAUGCUCUGAAUGUUAUGAGACCUAAUGUGCUCCCAAGAGUUAGUGAAUAUGUACCAGAGAUUGUGCUAUUCAUUCAGAAAAUAAUUGAUCAAAAGUUUGCUUAUGUUUCUAAUGGAUCUGUUUAUUUUGAUGUCAAUUCAUUCCAUAAUUCUGAUAAACAUUCUUAUGGAAAGCUUGUUCCAGAAGCUUUCGGUAAUGCUGCAAGUCUUCAAGAUGGUGAAGGUGAUUUAAUGACACAAGAUAGAAUAUCUGAGAAACGAUCUCCAAUUGAUUUUGCACUCUGGAAAUCAUCAAAGAGUGGAGAACCUGCUUGGGAUAGUCCGUGGGGUAGAGGACGACCUGGUUGGCAUAUUGAGUGCUCGGCAAUGGCUUCUACUAUUUUGGGAGACAGUCUAGAUAUCCACACUGGUGGUGUUGAUUUGAAAUUUCCUCAUCAUGAUAAUGAAUUAGCACAGUCUGAAGCUUGCUUUGGAAAUUCACAAUGGGUCAGGUAUUUUUUGCAUUCUGGGCAUUUGACUAUUGCUGGAUGUAAAAUGUCCAAGUCAUUGAAAAACUUUAUUACUAUUCAAGAAGCUUUGAAGAGACAUACUGCCAGACAGUUGAGACUAGCUUUUUUGUUGCAUUCAUGGAAAGAUACACUAGAUUAUAGCGAUAAUACUAUGGAUAUGGCUAUCCAGUUUGAAAAAUUUGUUAAUGAGUUCUUUUUGAACAUAAAAUGCAGAAUGCACAGCCUAUUAAACAACACAACUCCUACAAGCUUCACUAAGUGGAAAAAUAAUGAAACGGAGUUAAAUGAAAAAUUUUCUUCUGCUCGAAAUAGUAUCCACAAUGCUCUUUGUGAUAACAUCGACACUCGAACAUCUCUAGAACUCAUUCGCGACCUGGUUAGCCAAUGUAACAUAUACACGAAGAAUUCAACGAAUCCAAAUGUGCUGCUUUUAAGAGAUAUUGCAGUUUAUAUCACCAGAAUUCUUAAAAUAUUUGGUGCUAUUUCAUCAUCAAGUGAUGACAUUGGUUUUCCUAUUGACAACGAAUCCAACACUAACGUUGAAACAGUGAUGCGUCACUUGACAAUUCUGUCAGAAUUUCGGGAAAAGAUGAGAAGUAUCGGAAAAGAGAUUAAAUCUAAAGAUAUCCUUGAAGAAUGUGAUAAACUUCGUGACGAAAUUCUCCCUAAUGUCGGUGUGCGGCUUGAAGAUGAUGAAAAUAAUCCAAGUAAGAUAAAAUUAGUCAACAAGGAUGAAUUACUACGUGAACGUGAAAUGAAAAAAAAAUUAGACACUGAAAGAAUAAUGGAAAAAAAGAAAAAAAAAGUUGAAUUACAAGCACAGGCCGCAGUUAAAGAAGCGCAGCGGAAAAUACCUCCGUCUGAGAUGUUUAAAAUGGAGACUGAUAAAUAUUCGAAAUUUGAUGAACAAGGAAUUCCUACGCAUGAUCAAGACGGUAAAGAAUUGAGUAAAGGUUUAAUUAAAAAAUUGCAAAAGUUGCGGUUGGCACAAGAGAAAAAGUAUAAUGAAUAUUUGGCAAGUAUUAAACAACAAUAAUUAAUUGAUUAUUUAUAAUAAAUUAUUUAUUUAAUGGUGCGUUUCUUAUUAAUUUUAAAUAGUUUAUAUAAAAAUGAUUUUGUAAAUUGAAUACAAGAUCUUCCUCACAAAUAGUAACAACAAGAGUCAUAAUAAAUAUAAUCAUUUUCUCAAGAAGAAAAAAAUUGUUUUAUAUUUUGUGGCUGUAGACAGAUUUCCCCCUAGAAAGUUCGUAGCAAAUUUUUCUCAAUAAAUGACGGCGUCAAAAAUGGAUGAAUUCAGUUAAUUUAGUACUUAAUCGAAAGCUUAUAUUAUUCUUCACAUCGGAAAACAACAAUAUAAUAACAUUAAUUACUUUAUCACCGUGCGUGUGUGCGUUCGGAAUUAUUUUUCGCCUCGAUUAUCUCGAGAACAAAAAAUGAUAUUGAUGUGGGGGUGCCAUAGAGUGUCCCGAAUGAUGUCUACGGCAUCAUUGUUAACAAAAAUGAAAUCCCCUAGCGUUUAAAAUAUACACUAACUAUUAUAUCUCGGGAGCGUGACAUCCGUCCCCAAUAAGAUGUCAGUCAAAGGCAUUUUUACAAUCUUUUAAAUUUAAAUCUUUAAAUGUAUAAUCUUACUGAU